CCGAAACUCUAUUAUACACAGCAUCUCCAACAGCGUCACAUGGCCCGUUUCAGGUAAUACAAUCGACGGCGGCCGGCCAGGCUAACGCGUUUGGUGUCUCUCCCCGCACCGGGAUCCCCUCACCUCCCACCCAUUCCAAGUUUAAUGAGACAAUCGUGAUCGACACAAUCAGGCUCUGCCGUUGCCAAACACGGGCAAGCGCCACCCCAGCGUUGCAUCGUUGAGGGGCGGCCAGUGCUAGCUCCCUCCACCAACAGGCCCGGAGAGCUGCCAUCUAGCUAGGCGACAGUCCUCUCUCGCGCUGCACGCGACGGCCUUUUUGUCGGCCGAAUGCUCCCAAUUAAACCAUCGUCUGGAAAACCUUGUCUAUAGCAGAUGCAAAUGGUUGCAUUGCUGCUGGAGCGGACGCGGGGCCCUCGCAAGCUUCCCAAGACGCGGUCUUGUAUAAGUUGGACCCGCGUCCCCCCAGCCCUGCCGGCACUGGAAUGUCUGGGAGCAUAACCUGCCGCUAGAACAUCCUUAGCUUCUGCUUCCUUCCACUUCAUCUUGCCAUUGUCGACUUUUACGUCUACUAUACCCAAGAUGACAGUUUCUCUGCGAUCCGUCGCGGCGUGGCUGCCCGUUGCUCUCGCAGCGUCCACGCCUGCUACUCAGCGCGACAUCCACUACGACCCCAACGACUAUGUUGAUCCCCUCAUCGGUGCCACCAACGGCGGAAACGUCUUCCCCGGUGCCUCGAUUCCUUACGGUAUGGCCAAGGCUGUCGCCGACACUACCUCUGGUAGCAACCAGGGCGGCUUCACCCUCGAUGGCAACCCCAUCAGCGGCUUCAGUGUCAUGCACGACUCUGGUACCGGUGGUUCUCCUUCUCUAGGAAACUUCCCCUUGUUCCCGUACGUCACUUGCAAGGACAACGAUGUGAACAACUGCGCGUUCCCCAAGAAGACGCGUUCCAAGGGCGGCAGCUUCAGAAACGAGUCUGUCAUUGCCAAGCCUGGCCACUUUAGCAUCACGCUCAACAGCGGCCCUGCUGUCGAGAUGACCACAACUCAUCAUGCUGCUCUGUUCAAGUUUACCUUCAAUGGCUGGAAGGGUGGCGACAAGCCUCUUAUUCUUCAGGACUUGUCCGAUCUCUCCGAUUCUCGCCAGGACAAUGGUACCAUUACUGUCGACCCCAAGACCGGCCGUAUUAGCGGUGGUGCUACCUUUGUGUCCAGCUUCAGUCAGGGCCGUUACAACCCGUACUUCUGCACCGACUUUAGCGGUGCUGAGAUUGCAGAUGCUGGUAUCUUUGCCGACAGCCGUGCUAGCACCGAAGUUCACGAGCUCAAGAUUUCCCGAUCCAUCAACGGCUACCCUCUGCCCGGUGGUGCCUUUGUUCGCUUCGAGCACGGCCGCAACCCCGUCUAUGCCAGAGUCGGAGUCAGCAUGAUUAGCGUUGAGCAGGCCUGCCACAACGCCGAGAGCGAGAUUCCCGAUUUUGACUUCAACCUCCAUGCGCGCGAGGCCCAGGAUGCCUGGAAGCACAAGCUGCUGCCAAUCAAGGUUGAGACUGCUGGCGUUCCCAAGGACAUGGUCACCAACUUCUACUCGGGUAUUUACCGUACCAUGGUCAAUCCCCAGAACUGGACCAACGAGAACCCUCUCUGGAACGACGGCGAGCCCUACUUUGAUUCCUUCUACUGCAUCUGGGAUCUCUUCCGCUCUCAGCUUCCCUUCCUCACCAUUCUCGAUCCUGCUGCGGUCACCGAAAUGAUUCGAUCCCUCAUCUCUACCUACGAGAACGAUGGCUGGCUGCCCGAUUGCCGCAUGUCACUCAGCCGCGGAUACACUCAGGGAGGUUCCAACGCCGACAACGUCUUGGCCGAUGCCUACCUCAAGGGCAUCAAGGAUAAUGUGGAUUGGGACAAGGGUCUGGCUGCUGUCAAGAAGGACGCCGAGGUUGAGCCUUUCGAUUGGUGCUGCCAUGGCCGUGGUGGUCUCGACUCCUGGAACAAGGUCAACUACAUCCCCGUCCAGGACUUUGACUACAAGGGCUUUGGCACACUUACCCGCACCAUCAGCCGCACGCUCGAAUACGCCUACAACGACUUCUGCAUUGCCCAGCUUGCUGGUGCCAUGGGCAAGAACGCCGACAAGGAAAAGUAUCUUGAAACCAGUGGAUACUGGCAAAACCUCUUCAAGGCUGACCAAAAGUCGCUUUACAAGAACGGUACCGACACUGGCUUCAAGGGCUUCUUCCAGCCCAAGUACCUGAACCAGACCUGGGGCUACCAGGACCCUCUCAAGUGCAGCAACACUGACGACCAGAGCGUGUGCUCGCUCCAGAACAGCGGUCCCGAGACAUUCGAGUCCAGCAUCUGGGAGUACGCCUUCUUCGUCCCCCACAACCAGGCCGAUCUGAUUACCCUCUUUGGCGGCCCUGCCGAAUUUGUUCGCCGUCUCGACUACCUGCACGACAAGGGCAUCACCUACAUUGGCAACGAGCCUGCUUUCCUGACUGUCUUCCAGUACCACUACGCUGGUCGCCCUGCUCUGUCUGCUGCCAGAAGCCACUUCUACAUCCCCAAGUUCUUCAACCCUACCCCUGCUGGUCUUCCCGGUAACGACGACUCUGGUGCCAUGGGCUCCUUUGUCGCGUUCAGCAUGAUGGGUCUCUUCCCCAACCCUGGCCAGGACGUGUACCUUAUCACUCCUCCCUACUUUGAGAGCGUCCAGAUCCAGAGCCCCGUCACUGGCAAGACUGCUAAGAUCCGCAACGUCAACUUUGACGCCACCUACAAGAACAUCUACAUCCAGAGCGCCACCCUCGACGGCAAGCCCUACACCAAGAACUGGAUCGACCACUCCUUCUUCACCGAGGGCAAGGAGCUCGUCCUUACGCUUGGUCCCAAGGAAAGCAAAUGGGGUACUUCUGUCAAGGAUCUUCCUCCCAGCUUGGGUCACUAUGUUGGCUUCUCCAACUCGACUGUUGGCAUCAACGGCACUUUGCCCGCCAACAGCACCUACAACACUCCUUCGGCCCGCUACAAGGCCCAAUUCUAAGUACAUAUAACUUGGUAGCUACGUAAAUAAUUUGUAAUUUGAUUU